UUGGAUCAGCAUCAAAAGAUUUCCACUUCACACUCUUGUUGGUCCAUGGAACUGGCUGGCUUAUCUCAGAUCGUGAACUCUGCAAGCAACAGUGCCUCUGAUUCCUCUGCCUCUUCUGCAGCAGUGAGCCCAGGACUCCACACAUAAGCCCACUGCCUGCUGGUGGGACGGCGCUGCUGGCCACCCACUGACGUCUAGGAAGAUGAGUACCUGCGGGAGGAAGGCCCUGACCCUGCUGAGCAGCGUCUUUGCCGUCUGCGGCCUGGGCCUCCUGGGUAUCGCUGUCAGCACCGACUACUGGCUGUACCUGGAGGAGGGCGUGGUCCUGCCCCAGAACCAGAGCACGGAGAUCAAGAUGUCCCUGCACUCGGGCCUGUGGCGUGUCUGCUUUCUCGCAGGUGAGGAGCGAGGACGCUGCUUCACCAUCGAAUACGUGAUGCCUAUGAACACCCAGCUGACGUCCGAGUCCACAGUCAACGUUCUAAAAAUGAUUCGCUCGGCCACCCCGUUCCCUCUGGUCAGCCUCUUCUUCAUGUUCAUUGGGUUUAUUCUGAGCAACAUCGGACACAUCCGUCCCCACAGGACGAUCCUGGCCUUUGUCUCUGGCAUCUUUUUCAUCCUCUCAGGCCUCUCUCUCGUGGUGGGCCUGGUGCUCUACAUCUCCAGCAUCAACGACGAGAUGCUCAACAGGACCAAGGACGCAGAGACCUAUUUCAACUACAAGUACGGGUGGUCGUUUGCCUUCGCAGCCAUCUCUUUCCUUUUAACAGAGAGUGCUGGGGUGAUGUCCGUGUACCUGUUCAUGAAGAGGUACACAGCCGAGGACAUGUACAGGCCUCACCCCGGCUUCUACCGCCCACGGCUGAGCAACUGCUCCGAUUACUCAGGCCAGUUCCUGCACCCGGACGCCUGGGUCCGGGGCCGCAGCCCCUCCGACAUCUCCAGUGACGCCUCCCUGCAGAUGAACAGCAACUACCCAGCCUUGCUCAAGUGCCCCGACUAUGACCAGAUGUCGUCUUCCCCCUGCUGAGCCUUGCCGCCUCCCUCCCUGGACUCUGGACAGUGGACAGCCCUUCCCGUGCUCCCCUGCUGGCCUGUGAGCCCCAGGCCCUUGGUGGACAGGCCCAGGAUGCCCCCAUGCUUUGCUGUUGUCACUUGACCCAUGUCCCCUCCAUGCUUCCCCAGCGUAGCUCUAACUGCCCCAGGGUGGGUGGGAGCCCACGGAAAAGCUGAUUGGCUGAGAGCCUGGGCGUAGCCCCACUUCUUGAGUGCCAGUCUCUGGCAGCUCUCCCCUUUCCUGGGAGAGGUGUUCCAGCUCCUGUUUGUCCCUGCACACCCAACCUCAUGGCCCCAGGCCAAGGCCAGCUCUGAGAUGCCAAAUUCCUUACACAGACCCAGCUGGACUUGUGUGCUGGUCAACUGUCCUGGCCCUCGCAUUCAUGAUCUGGGCCAACGGGCCAAAAGGUGACUCCAAUACGGAGGUCUGGCUGGUUCAGAAUCGUCCAGGCAGCGUUCCUUGUGAAAUCCUUUAUCUUUUUUUGUCACCCACAUCCCUCUGUACAAUAUGCCUGUCCAUGCUCUCCACCUCCCCCUCCACCCACAGGCUGUGACUCUUUCCCCCUGUCCUCUCACCAGAACUCAGAUGGCCCUGCCUUGGUCCCUAAGGGGCUAAGGGUAGAUCUGAAGCCACUCUGAUGAUGUCACAAAGAGGUGUUAAUGGCUGGUGGUGUCUUAAUAUGUAUGGCCCUUGGUAACAUAUUUAACAGGGGUCUUUAAUGCCUUAACCCAAAGAAGUGACUCUGACGACGAGAAUUUCAGAAUUUGGCUGGUCCGAGUUGAUAUUACCAGGCACUAUUUCAGGCCCUGGGGAUACUGUCCCUGCUCACAUGAGCAAUAUUUCUGGUCCAAGGCUCUAAAACUCUAAUCGUGUAGACAGAUGUCUAUACCACCUAAGUAGAAGGCAACUUUCAAAGAGGCUGCCUGGGAUUUGGAGCUGGAUUUGCCGACACCUGGUGCAUUUUGAGUCUAAACAAGCCAGAUUUGGAAUGAUCCAGCUGCUCUCCUGAGGAUGCCCAUGAACAUUUGGGGGGUGCCAAUUUAAUUCUAAUAUAGGGCAGCAUCUGCUCCUAGGUAUGGGACAUAUGUAGGCAAAUAGAGGCCUCCAGAAGAUGAGGCAGCAUGAGGCCCAUUUUCCCUGGAGGAGCCCUGAGCUGGGAGGUGUGAAGCACCUUCCGUGAAGUGAAGAGGGGACGGUGGAAAGGUCACUGAGGGACGUGACCCCUUCAGUUCUCCAGGCGUCUUCUCAGCUUCUGCAUUUUCAGUUUUGAGAUUUUGAGUAGCAAAACAAUGCUGGGCUCUCUGCUGUGUGUUUUUGCCACACCAAUUUUUCUCUUUCUCCUGCUCUCUUUAAGAUAUCACUAGGUUAUGGGUGCAUAAAACCACAGUGAGCUCCGGACAGGAAUACUGAAAACCAUAUAUGUGGCACGUGCAGCCUUCGGAAGGGCAGUGUAUUCAUUUGCUCAGGCCGCCAUAACAACAUGCCUCAGACUGGGUGGCUUAACCAACCAACAUUUAUUUUCUCCCAGUUCUGGAGGCUGAACGUCCCAGGUCAAAGUGUGGGCAGAUUUGCUUUCUUCUGAGGCCUCUCCUUGGCUUGCAGAUGGCUAUCUUCUCGAUGUGUCCUCACAUGGUCUUUUCUCUGUGCACAUGCGUGCCCCUGGAGUCCAAAUUCUCUCUCACAAGGACACCAGUCAGGUUAGAUGAGAGCCCACUCUAACAGCCUCGUUUUAACUUAAUCACCUGUUUAAGGGCCCUGUCUCCAACUACAGUCACAGUCUGAGGUACUGGAGGUGAAGGCGUCAGCGUAUGAAUUUGGGGGGGACACAAUGCAGCCCAUAGCAGGCAGGUUGCUUCGUAGCUGGAUUAUUCCAUUUGUUUCACUGCAUAGUAGAGGGGAAAGAUAAGAGAAGCUGACUCUGGUCACAGUUCAGCCACUAUCUCAUUGUGGAUCCUUGGGCAACCCCCUUCUGCUCUGAGGGGCUUGGCCUAAAUUAUUUCCCCCACACACACCCACCCCCAACUCUAAUGAUUCAGCCUCAUGUCGAAAGCUCCAGAUUGCCCUCACAUGUGAUUUUUCAACCCUUGCCCAUAAACUGAUAGCUACUGUAAAGCCCCAACUUUCCACUCCAUUGGCACCUGCAAUGACCGUCGUACUCUCUGGUUACUGUUUACAGAAUAACCCAGAAACCACGUUCCCCCGGCACAGAGGAUUUGGUUAGUGAACUUGCAGACCAUUAGGUAGCAUUUCCAAACUGGACAAUGAUUUAGAAGUGCUCUACUCCAGUUCUUGUCAAUGUAAUUAGCUCCUCAGAUGCCCUUUGCUCUCCCUAAAGCACUUUCUCUGUCACUGUGCCAGGCUUGUUUUUGUGCACAUGGAAAAAAUAGAAUCCACUCCUGAACACAAGCUGAUUGUUGACUGUGACAUCAUUAGGGCCUUUAGUGCCCUGGAUGCUGAGCUGCUAAAUCAAGUAGCUGGUACAUACAAUUUACACUUAUCUUUGGGACAGGUUCUGGGUCAUUGUCUUCCCUCGUGGGGGAGGGGUGAAUGUGUCAAUAAUUGUGCAACCAUUACAGUUUUCUUUCUAUCUAUAAAUUACUCUCAGAACUGGGGCCUAUUUGCAGCCUCUCCACAAUCAAGAGAUUUUUAUCAGAUAUUAAAGUGUACAAACUUAACUCAGAAAUCAUAA